AUGGACUUCAGAAGACCUCUGUUGGUAUGGGAGAAGGAAGAAGCUAACAGACUUUUUCAUUUGCUGAAUUCUGCACCAAUUCUGUGCAGUUCCAGAUCUGAUGAGCUCAUAUGGGGUGCAGACCCAUCUAAUACUUUCUCUGUCUCCUCAGUAUAUCUUUGGGGUGAAUCACAUCUGGGGCCUAUACUACCUGUGACUGCUUCAAUUUGGAAUAAUUUCGCUCCUCCAAAAGUUCAAUGUUUUGGGUGGAUGGCUUGGCUGGGUAAGAUUAAAACUUCGAGUUUCCUUCAUAGAAUUGGUAUUCUAACAGGGAAUGCAAAUCUGGAUUGUGUCUUCUGCCACAAUGAGAUUGAAACUGUGGAACAUAUUCUAUUGUACUGUCCUUUCGUUUGGUUGCUUUGGUCCAACAUUGUCCGAUGGUGGGGUUUGCAAUGGGUGCUACCAGGUUCAGUGAAUGGACUGUUGAAUUGGUGGGAUGGUUGUAGAUUGAAGAAGUUGGAAAAGAAAAUUUGGAAGGUUCUUCCUCUGGCUGUCCUGCGGUCUACAUGGAAGCAUCGAAAUGAUUGCAUCUUUAAUGGCUCUCAACCAAACUUGGAAGACCUGUGUGAAAUAGUGAAGGUUCGUGUAGCUAUGUGGCUCAAAGCCUCACCAACCCAGGUGGAGUUUUCUAUUAAUGACUUGGUUUUUAACCUGCCACAGUUCAGAGUUGGCCAGGUGGUCAUGGCAGUUCAGAGUUGGCCAGGCAACAGAAGUGUCCUUCAGUCUAACAUUGCAGGUGCUCCUUACUAA